AGUGUGCGUGGUGGGGUGCAGUGUGCGUGGUGGGGUGCAGUGGGACAUUAUUCACACUGUAUAUACAUACAGGAGGGUCCAAGUGUUAAAGCUCUCUUUUGCUCAGUUCUGAAGGCAUCUGAUGCCAGUGUCCUCCACAACCUCCAGACUGUAAAUCUGCGUCUGAUCAUGCCGGUGGACAUGGCCGUGCAGCUCUACUUCACACACUCUCCACCUGUGCAUAGCUUCCUCAGCUCAUACAAGGACUACAGGGCCAGGAAUCUCAUCAACUUCCACUGCAAACCUCUGCGUCCCUGUAUCAACACCAAAAACACCCACAACACCAGUCUGAAUUCACCAUGCCAUGCCUGGCAGGCUCCUGAAACCAAAGCUAAGAAGAAGGUGGUGUUCGCCGACUCCAAAGGCAUGUCGCUGACUGCAGUCCAUGUCUUCUCUCCGUGUGAAAAUAAAAAAUCUGAUUCGCUCUUGCAGUUCGACACCCCGAGGCUGGAGGGCGCUCUUAAUCCCAUCCAAAGCAGAAUCCUUGACUUUAGGCAACCUGUGGCAGACUACCUGGAUUUCCGGAAACGCCUGCUGAAGAAUUCGGUAUGUCUGGAGAGCUGCAUGCUGCAGGGCCACACACUAACGGGGACAAUUAAAGUGCGAAAUCUUUCAUUCAAGAAAUCAGUCUACAUUCGGAUCACCUUCGAUUCGUGGAAAAACCACAGAGACGUCGAGUGUACGUUCAUGAACAACAUCUGUGGAUGCAGAGACACAGACACGUUCGUCUUUGUCAUUGAAAUUCCAGCAUGUAUGCUGCCUCAGGAUAGCGUGGAGUUUUGCAUUAGCUACACCAGCAGUGGGCAGAUGUACUGGGACAACAACGACGGAAAAAAUUACGCGCUUGUGACAGCGCAUGAUGACAGUAAGGUUAAAACCAAGGAGACGGAUUUGUUCGAACGAUUCAGAAGCUAGCAACAAUGCAGUGGAUUUGAUGAUCAGGUUCAGCGCCAUCUACUGGUGACACACAAACAAGCAAUGUUAAUAAGGUUUUCUGUUUCCAAGAUAUAAGUUAAAAAACAUCAUGUCACCUAAUGAAGAGAGACGCUGCAAGAAAGCUUUCUUCAGUCAUUUAUCAGAACAGAAAUCUCGUCCCAUGUGAUUUUUCACCUUUGUUCAUGUUUGACUUCAUCAUGGAUACAGUCAGAGAUGUCUUUAUCAUAUUAUACUUUCAUAUUGAUAUUUAUCAUUCUGUGUGAAUUGAACUUAUUUUCAAGUAGCUGUAAUGGACUCUGAACAUAAAAAUCAUCAAAAUAACUGAAUCGCUUCAGCACAAAAUGGAGGAAGAACCGCGCCUGAGAUUCUCCUUCAUAUUGAAGGGUUAGACGAAUAUUUAUAUACAAUUUCAGAAUGAUUCCUGUCCGUAUCUCUGAGGGUUCUUUCAGACAGUCAGUGGGUUCAUGUUGGGAAUUUAUAGCUGCUCGAUGGAUUUGCUUUAAAAGUGGCUCAUUUUUGCCUGGAUGGUCUCCUGCUGAUUUGCUUUGAU